CCCUUUUAGCCAAUUUAGACUCACCUGCACCCAGUCAGAGCUCUGCAUCCCGGGGAGCAGACAGGUCUGGUGUGUUGGAGAGAAAGAAUGGCGUCUGCUGCUCUAGGAGACGAGCUGAGCUGCUCCAUCUGCCUGAACCUUUAUAUAGAGCCGGUGUCACUGAGAUGUGGACAAAACUUCUGCCGGGAUUGUAUUGUGACUGUUCUGGAUACACAGGAGGGGUCCGGCGUUUAUUCCUGUCCGGAGUGCAGAGAGGAGGAUGUAGAACGUCCUCCUAUGAAGAAGAAAAGGAAGUUGUGUAACAUUGUGGAGAACUUCAGAUCUACACAACAAAAGGAGGAGAAAAGUGAGAUCCUCUGUACGUAUUGUGUGGAUUCUCCGGCAGUUGCUGUGAAGACUUGUCUACAUUGUGAGACUUCUAUGUGUGAUAAACACCUGGCAGCCCACAACAAGGCAGUGGAGCAUGUGUUGGUAGAACCCACCUCGUCCUUCAGAAGUAAAAAAUGCUCCAUCCACAAGAAGCUUCUGGAGUAUUACUGCUCCGAGGACGCCGUCUGUCUAUGUGCGUCCUGCUGUCUGGUGGGGAAACAUAAAGGACAUGAAGUAGAACUUCUAGAAGAGGCUUUGGGGAAGAAGAAGGAGAAACUGAGAAAUGUUCUAGAAAAGAUGACUGUGAAGAGCGAGAAAGCUGAGCAAAAAAUUCUGAAUCUACAGAACCAGAAGAGAAAAACACAAGAAAAAGCAGAUAAUGAGAAGAAGAGAGUCACUGACCUGUAUGAGGAUAUCAGGAGACAGCUAGAGGUCCAGGAACAGAGAGUCCUGAGUGAGAUCUCCAGACAGGUAGAGGAGGUCUCAUUGUCCAUCAAUGAUCUCAUCAAACGGUUGGAGAUACAGAAGGAUGAGCUGGCCAGGAAAAUUGGUCACAUUGAGAAAUUGUGUAACAUGACCGACCCAAUAGCUGUCCUACAAGAUCAGGAAUCAGAUACUGAUGAGGUCCUUCAAGAUCAGGAAUCCAGGACAGGUGACCAGAAUGUGGAGGAAUCUUCUGUUCAUGAUCUGGAUGAUUUUAUGAUCUCUCUUGUGUUGCACAGAUCUAUAACCGAUCUUAUGACUAAUAUGCAAUUAAAAAACAACUUUGAUAUACAGGAUACAACCAAUCUGCUACUGGAUGAAAAAACUGCCCAUGUCUUUAUGGUUUUAUCUGAUGAUCGGAGAACAGCAUCUUGCUCUGAAACAAAAAUGAUUAGACCAACAUUACCACAGAGAUUUACUUUAUACAAUCAGGUGAUGAGUGUGGAGAGCUUUUCCCAUGGGAGACAUUACUGGGAAGUAGAGGUUGGUGACUGUGGGGUACGGUAUGUGGGUGUUUGCUAUCCCAGUAUAAAGAGAGCUGGAAAGGAGUCUUGUAUUGAGUAUAAUAACAAGUCCUGGAGUUUCUGCAUAAAUGAAAACAAACAUAUAUUUGAACACGGCUCUCAAUUUCAGAAGUUAAAAAUUGAGUCUCCUGUAAAAAGAUUGGGAAUAUAUUUGGAUUAUGAAGGCGGCCGUCUGUCCUUCUACCAGCUGAGUGACCCCAUCAGACACCUCCACACCUUCACCACCACCUUCACCGAACCCCUCCAUGCUGUCUUCUAUCUGCAUAAGAGAGCCUGGGUAAAUCUCAUACCUCCUGUGUUUUCUAUAAAACCAUAAUUUGCAUUAUUAUUUUUUUCCUAUAGUUUUGUCAUCAAUAAAAAUAAUUAAAGGGGUGAAAUCAAUAAAUUGUGGUAGCUGGGACAAUCAAAGGAGCACUAUUCACUUAAAAGGUGUCAAAAAGAAAUAAAAACAAAUAAAUACAUUUGAAUGCA